GAAGUUGGUUCCGUGUCAGUGCUGGGUUAAUAGGUUAGAGAAAACCUGUUUGUACACGGAGUUUAAAGAAGCCGUACCGUGUUUGCAGGAUGACCGGUAAAUGAUGGGAGUGCUGAGCUGUCAGUAAAUGGACCAUUAAUGUCCUUAUUGACCAUGAGCAUCUGGGAAAUGUUUAUUGAAAUGAGGCAUUUGAAGCAUGCAGGGAGCUAAAGUGAGCCAACCUUGACUUCUUGCUACAUAUUCUCUUUCUUAAAACUCACCUCUCUCCCGUUUACAUGAAGGCAUAAUAUAUCCUUGCGAAAGAAGCCAAAGAAAACAUCCAAAAUGUCAGGCACACCUAGAGAGAGCCGGCAUCGUCGGCAGAAUUACCAGUAUCCAGUUGCAAACCAAAGUGAUCACAAUCGUCAUGAAUAUAUGGAGGAAGGAGACGGAGAGGCUCUACUACAGGACUCUGAUGUAACUGCACCCAGAAGGAUUGCCAAUUACAAGGAUGAAUUGGGGAAUAUUCUGCUGUUGUUUUUCCUUUAUGUUUUACAGGGAAUCCCAUUAGGACUAGCUGGGAGCAUUCCUUUAAUCCUCCAGAGCAAGAAUGUUAGUUACACCAAUCAAGCAAUUUUCAGUUUUGUGUUUUGGCCGUUCAGUCUUAAGUUGCUCUGGGCCCCACUUGUUGACUCUUUAUAUAUUAAGAGGUUUGGUCGCAGGAAAUCAUGGCUGGUUCCAACACAGUACAUUUUGGGACUUUUUAUGAUGUAUCUGUCUCGUGUAGUGGAUGAUCUGUUAGGUGGAGAUCAUGGGCCUGACAUGUUCGCUUUGACUGCUACUUUCUUCUUGUUUGAAUUCUUGGCUGCAACUCAGGACAUUGCCGUGGAUGGCUGGGCACUAACCAUGCUCUCAAAACAUAAUGUGGGUUAUGCUUCAACAUGCAACUCAGUGGGACAAACAGCUGGAUAUUUCAUGGGCAAUGUACUUUUCCUCGCCCUCGAAUCACCAAAUUUCUGCAACAAAUAUUUGAGAUUUACCCCGCAGCCCAAAGGAUUGGUUACACUUCCAGAUUUCCUGUUCUUCUGGGGAAUAGUAUUUCUAAUAACCACAACACUAGUGGCAGUGCUGAAAAAAGAAAAUCAGAACGAAAGAGCAGCAAGAGAGGAAACUCGUAAUGUAAAAGAAGCCUAUGGUCUCCUAAUAAGCAUAGUGAAAAUGCCGGCUGUUCUCAAAUUCUGCGCUAUGAUCUUAACAGCCAAAAUCGGAUUCUCUGCGGCAGACGCUGUUACUGGACUCAAGCUUGUAGAGAGGGGUGUCCCAAAGGAACACUUGGCACUACUUGCUGUUCCAAUGGUUCCUCUACAAAUACUACUGCCUCUGAUAAUCAGCAAGUAUACUGCAGGGCCUAAGCCACUGAAUGUCUCCCACAAAGCGAUGCCCUUUAGGUUGUUGAUGGGUCUGGAGUUCUCAUUUCUGGUUUGGUUGACAUCUAGAGUAAACCAUGAGGAUGGCUUCCCUCUGUAUUAUUACUUUGCUCUGUUAGUGAGCUACGCCUUACACCAGAUUACUUUAUAUAGUAUGUUUGUGGCUAUCAUGGCUUUCAAUGCCAAAGUUAGUGAUCCUCUUAUUGGGGGCACAUAUAUGACCCUAUUAAACACUGUGUCCAAUCUGGGAUCAAACUGGCCUGCCACUGUGGCCCUUUGGUGUGUGGAUCAUUUGACAAGCAAAGCAUGUAUUGGAGCAGAAGGGCAGAGCUGUGGCGAUAAUGAUGCUGCAGAGCUAUGUCUAAGCUCUGGGGGCUCAUGUGUCAUUACAUUGGACGGUUAUCAUGUGGAGUCUGCUAUAUGCUUUAUCAUCGGAUUUGCUUGGUGGAUCUUUCUUGGCCCAAAAUUUAAAAACCUGCAGGAAGAAGAUCCCUCUGCAUGGAGGUGUCCACGAAGGAUUCGUUUAUAGAAUUGCAUUUAAUGGCAAAUUCUGUCAUUACUUUUUAUGGACAACUAUAAACACAAAGUAAACAUGAUUAUUUUUGCAGAAAAGGAGUAGUUUGAAAAGUGAAUAUUCUG